AUGGCGAGGGAUUAUGGCGCCACGCCGAAGCCCUUCCACCUCGACCUAACCAAACAGCGCCUCACCUUAAUCCUCGCCGUCAGCGGCCUCUGCGUCAUCUUCUACGUCAUCGGAGCUUGGCACGGCCGGACCACCGCCCUCUCCGCCCAGCCCGAUCUCACCAAAGUCGCCUGCACCAACGACGCCGCCGCCUCCGCCGCCGUCGAUCCCGCUCCGACCAACCCCACCGACGCUUCGCCGGCGGCAUCCACGUCAGACUCCGGCGAAGGGGUCGUCGUCAAUGCCUCCGACAACAGCUCGGAAUCGUUCCCGGCGUGCGACAUGUCGUACAGCGAGUACACGCCGUGCGAGGAUCGGGAGAGGGGCCGGAAAUUCAACCGGACGAUGUUGCAGUACCGGGAGCGGCAUUGCCCCGCCAAGGAGGAGCUCCUCCGGUGUCUGAUUCCGGCGCCGCCGGGGUACAAGCGGCCAUUUAAGUGGCCGCAGAGCCGCGACUAUGCGUGGUACGCCAAUAUUCCUCAUAAGGAGCUCAGUAUCGAAAAGGCCGUUCAGAAUUGGAUUCAGGUCGAAGGCGAGCGAUUCCGAUUCCCCGGCGGCGGCACCAUGUUCCCCCGCGGCGCCGAUGCUUAUAUCGAUGAUAUCAAUGCCCUUAUUUCCAUUACUAACGGAAGCAUUCGCACCGCCGUCGACACCGGAUGUGGGGUAGCGAGUUGGGGAGCGUACCUAUUAAAGCGCGACAUCAUAGCGAUGUCCUUUGCACCACGCGACACGCACGAGGCGCAAGUGUGGUUUGCGCUUGAACGAGGCGUGCCGGCAAUGAUCGGGAUUUUGGGAUCACGGAGGUUGCCGUAUCCUUCGAGGGCGUUUGAUAUGGCGCAUUGUUCCCGUUGUUUAAUCCCUUGGUUUGAAUAUGAUGGCUUGUAUCUGACCGAAGUCGAUAGGAUCCUCCGACCCGGAGGCUACUGGAUACUCUCGGGUCCACCGAUCCGUUGGAAAACAUAUUGGAAAGGUUGGGAGAGAACCGAAGAGGACUUGAAACAAGAGCAAGACAAAAUCGAAGAAACCGCGAAAAGGCUUUGUUGGACAAAAGUGAUCGAAAGGGGAGAUUUGGCCAUAUGGCAAAAGCCCCUAAACCACAAAGAAUGCCUUAGGCUUAAGGAGACGUACUCUAAGCCGCCGAUGUGUUCAUCGAGUAACCCUGAUAUGGCUUGGUAUAAAGAACUGGAGCCAUGCAUCACGCCGCUACCCGAUGUGAGUAGCUCCGAUGAGGUAGCCGGUGGGGCGAUAAGGAAAUGGCCCGACCGAGCAUUCGCAAUUCCUCCACGGAUUUCCAAUGGCUUAGUCGAGGGCGUCACGGAACAAAAGUACAAAGAGGACAAUGAGCUUUGGAAGAAACGAGUAACGUAUUACAAGAGUAUCGUCAAUGAGUUGUCGCGAGGCAUGUAUAGGAAUGUGAUGGACAUGAACGUGAGGCUUGGAGGAUUUGCGGCCGCGCUUAUCAAGUUCCCGGUUUGGGUCAUGAAUGUUGUUCCUUCAACCGCGUAUCCCGACACGUUGGGAGUGAUAUACGAGCGCGGCCUUAUUGGCACGUACAUGGAUUGGUGCGAGGCGUUCUCGACUUAUCCACGGACUUAUGAUCUCAUCCACGCCGACGGGGUUUUCACUUUAUACCAAGACAAGUGCGAAAUGACGGACAUUUUACUAGAGAUGGAUAGAAUCCUCCGGCCGGAGGGGAAAGUGAUUUUCCGGGACAAUGUCGAGCUCCUUGUCAAAAUAAGAAGUGUCGCGGACAAGAUGAGAUGGGAGAGCCAGAUAUACGACCACGAAUCAGGGCCAUUGAACGUUGAGAAAAUCCUCGUUUCUAGAAAAUUAUACUGGACUGUUGAGCAGAACAAGACAGAACAGAGCAAGCAAGGAAGGAAGAGGUUCUAG